CAUUUUAGUUUUAGGUACUGUCUAUUUGGGGGGCAUUCGGCCAGGUCGGGAAUGGAGAUCCUGCCAACCUUGGGCUCGGACGUUCCGGAGGAACACAUCAUUGAUCAAACUGUUUUCAGUGAGAUGCUGGUAUGAAACCAGGCGUUACAUAAAGGCAAGUGUGACCAUUCUGGCUAGAGAAAGGACUUGAUUUGAGGCUCCAGUUGAACCAAACCUCUAGGCCAGCCCUGGGCUUAACCUAAUCAUCGAAUUGAAUAAAUAUCUGAGACACAAUGGCUGUUGCAAAUUGUGAAGAAUUGGUGAUGAAGUUGUCUUCUAUUUUGCUGGAGGCCAACAAAAGGAGGAGACGUAUCAUGGUGAAUGAAGUGUUUCAGCAGAGUUUCAAGUGGUUGAGUGAAGCAGACCUAUCAGUGCACAUGCCAGACUCCUUGCCACAAAUUAUUUCCCUUCUUUUAAAGCUCAUGGGUGAUGAUGUGGAACGAUGCCGGGAAGCCUCAUCUGCAUGCUUGGCAGAGCUGUCUUCGACUAUGUGCCUUCCAUUGUUACCCCAACUAUUAGAAACUCUAAAGAUCAGACUUAGAACUUGUGAGACCAGUGAUUGGGAGAGUUCAGAGGAAGUGCGUUUGAACAUGGUGCACUGUUUGAACAACAUUGUGAAGAAGGAGCAGGAAAACAUCUUUCCUUAUUUCUCAGAUGUUGUGGACAUCUUGAAAGACACUCUCCAGGAUGAUUUUCCUGAGGUGCGCUGUAUCAGUUGUGAGUGUGUGAGUUCCCUUGCAAGGUCCAUCUCAGAAAACUUUCACAUGCAGUCUCAAUCACUGAUUGCACCUCUCCUUAAGAAUAUCUCUCAUUCCCACUCUAAGAUUCGCCUGGCUGCUGUUCAAGCCCUUGGAGAUGCAAUGGAAUAUGGGAACCAAAGUUGCAUGCCAGAUGUGGUUCCACAUUGUGCACAACGUCUGUUUGACGGGAAUCCUCGGGUGAGGCAGGCUAUGUCGCAAGUGAGUGGGAGGUGGCUGAAGACUUUAAAGGAUCGCUAUGCAUAUUUUCAUCACCUUCUGCCUCUUCUUCUCACAAAUUUGGAAGAUGAAGUUCCAACUGUUCAAGAGGAAGCUUCUCAUUUAUGGAGUGAGGUGGGUUUACAAUAUCUCUCUGAAAAUGAAGAUGAAUUCAAGGAGCAGCUAGCAUUUCCUACUUCACCUGAGAGAGGUGAUAGGAUGACCAUGCACCUUCUGCCCAUUUUAAAUGCCAUCAUCAGGGGAUCCGGUGACUCAGAUCUUUCUGUCCGCAAACAUGUUUUAAGAAGUGCAGAUCUGGUUGGGAAAUAUUCAGACUCUUCUAUCUGGGUGAAACUGAUUCUGUCCUUCAUGGACUCCCAUUCAAACAAAGCUGCUGUCCUGAGAGUUCUUGCACAUCUUCUCAGGGGUCUACAAAAGAACAUCUGUCUUGAUGACAAGUUACUGGAAACUGUCCAAUCCCCAAUGUUGUGCCACAGCUUCAAGGCUGAGAUACAAGAAGAACUCUUGGCUUGCACCUGGGAGCUGUAUGAAAAACUUGAGAGGAGCACCAGAAUGGCAGAGGAACUAUGCCAUGUGUUGCUGGGGAUUUUGGCUCUUACUUCUAAUGAGGAUCUCAGAGGGUCAGCUGAAAAGCUCCUGGUUACAGUUGCACAGAGUGAUGAUUCCAGUAUGGAACAAUUGAUCUUGAAUCAUGUGAAACUCCAAGCACCUUCCUGGAAGAGUCAAUGUGUGACAUGGGAUGCAUUGACUCCAGAUUUCCUCAUUUUCAAUUUUGUAGCAGAAAGGGGAUUACCCUGGGAUGAGCACACUUGCUCUUCCAUGCUGGAAAUCUAUGCAGAGCUUCUGAUACGAAAGGAUUCAGGCGAAUUGCGAGGCAAAGCUCUUAUCUCCCUGUCUCAGUUUCUUUCAUGUGCAACUCAGAUUGAUAAUGGCAUCAAAUGGGAUGCUAAUUCCAUAUCUGAAUUCAUCAAAGAUGUAUUGAUGGAGAUGCUGAAAUGGGAACCUGGGAGAACAGCUGGUGCUCUCAGAGCUGCAGGGAUGUCAUGCAUCUGCCAACUGCUGAAGAAGCAUAUAGGCCUUCCAAAGGAGAUAAUUGAAAGGCUUUUAUUCCACAUUCUUAAACUGUUGGAAGAUGAUGCCCCAAUCACAAGAAGGCUUGCAGCAUCUGCCUGCACUUCUCUGUUCCAACAUGAGCAAUAUGCUGCCUAUAUCUUGAAGGAUGCAGCUAAUCACUGUGCUGAAGAGUUGGUGAAACGUGUGGAUGACGUAGAGUGGAAAGUGACUGCCACUGCUCUGGAAGCUCUCAGAUGUUUGACCCACCUGUUGCCUAGAGGAGAGCACUUAGACUGUUACUCCCAUCUCAUUGAAACUCUCCUUAUUCACCUGGAUGAAGAUGACCCCUUGUGGAAGCAAGAAGUUUUUUGUACCCUGAAAGCUCUUGCCAAGUGUGCACCAGAUGUCCUGAAGGAAGAAAUAACAAAAAUACAAUGGAAGCCUCAAGAUCCAUGCCUUCUAGAAGAACUUGAGAUGUGCAUGCAACCAGCAUAAAAGUGACUCAUCACCUAAUUUCAUAUUGCUCACAGAUUUUGUAUACAGAGACUGCCAUUUUCCUGCAUUGUGCUUGGAUGCUUGUUAUAAAGUUCUCUUGAUAUCCA